CUGGAGUGACCGUUACAGCAGGAAGUAUCCUCUUUUAAUGGCAACAACUGGAAUACUAAUCGAUAGCACUUUACAGACCAUCAUUACAUCUUUCUCAAAUGCUUCUCCCUAUUGGUUUAUAGUAAGCUCUGCAGUAUCUGGUUUUUCAGGAGGUCUUGUCAUAGUCGUAUCUUCAACAUACAGUUACAUGUCUGACAUUACGGAUGAAAGAUCCAGAAAUGUUCGAUUUGCCAUUUUGGAAUUCUUUACUAUUAUGGCGACACCUACCGGAUCUCUUGUGGGAGGCCAAGUUUACGGUAAAUAUGGUUACUUGCCUGUGAUGCUCAUAGUCCCGUGUUCCCUCACUUUAGCUCUGUUGUGGGGUGAGAUUGUAUGUAUUGGAAACGAAACCGAAAAGAUUUGACAUCACAAAGAAAGAAAUGUUUAUGGAUGUGCUUCGAUAUGAUAACAUGAAAAAAAGUUUUAAAACCUGCAUAAAGGAAAGACCUGGAAACUUGAGAAUGCAGAUAUGGUUAUUGUUAUUUACCAGUUUUUCUCUUCGACUUAUUCACAUGGGAUCAGUAGCUAUUGGAUUUUCUUACACACGGAAAGUAUUUAAAUGGAAAGUUACCCGUUAUUCCUACACGACAGCAACGUUUAGUCUUUUGAAUGCUGCGGCAACAUUAGCAAUAGUACCUUUCUUAAAUCGGAAAUUACUGGUACAUGAAGCAGCAGUAGGACUUGUAGGAGUACUCUCGCUUAUGGCCAGAAUGACUCUCAUGUCAGUGGCAAUAACGGAAAGCCUCAUUUUUUAUGCUUGGUCAAGUGGGGCAUUAUUUGCAUGCGGAGGUAUCGCCAUACGAUCACGGAUAUCGAAAUUGGUAAACCGAAAGGAAUUAGGGCGGGUAUUUUCAUUACUGGCAACUUGUGAAUCUCUCACUCCUGUUCUUGGAACAAUUAUCAUGAUACAGUUGUAUGACUGGUCAGCACAAUUCUUCCCAGGAUUGCCUUUUGCUGCUGCUGCCAUCUUUCUCAUACCAGCUGCUGCAAUCUUUGCGUGGAUGAUGAGUUUACCAACAUUGUCUGUUACCCAAUAUGAGGAAAACGAACAAUCGAAGAAAAUGAGAGAACUAAAAGAUGUAAGUUCAGGAUCAUUCAAAUACUGAAACUGCAAGUUAACAUCCAUUAUGGUUUACCAAAAGGCCUGUUUAUGGCAGAAAUAGAAACGUCGAUGCCGACUUUAGUGAUAAAGAACUUCAAAAGAGAAUACUAAGUCACUUAGAUCUCAGCUAUGUAAUACAUAGAAUGAACGUGUUGAUUGAUCAACAUUACACCAUUGAUCAACAUUACAUAACAUUCAAAAAAAAAUUAUUUGACAAAAUUGUAUAGUUGUUUGAAACGUUCUAAGUAGAAUUUCCAAGUUAAUGUCUUUCGAAUAAAGCAAGUAAAUUUUUAUGAAGCUUCUGGAGUCUUCAAUAUAUAGCUUACUCGAAUGUAUUUUAUGUGCUUAACAGCCAUUUAUCUUGUUCCUCUUGAUAACUGGCAUCCCUUUUAGGUUGAAAUGCUGACUGAGCUCUAGAUAUAUUGAAAUAAAAUAAUAAUAUAUUUAUUUUGAUGAUAGCACUUUUAUUAAAAAUAUUCGUUUUAAUUCUUUUAAGAAAUCAUUAGCUGAAACCUGGAGAACGUUUUCUUCUACUCAGUGUGAUAUUUCAGUAACUUGUCAUAUUGAACUGCAUAUCAUAAUUCUGGAAUUAUUAUUAUUAUUAUUAUGUAUAAAAUAAAAAUAAAUUAUUAUGUAAAGUUUAUAUUACAUAUAUAUUGCAUAUAUACCACCUCUACCUUAUAUAUGCAUUACAUAUAUAGUACCUCUACCUCAUAUAUGUAUUACACAUCUAUAGCAGCUCCUAACUUAUUAAAUAAAUAAUAAUUUAGCAUAGCUAA